AGCCCCUUAAGGUUUUCAAUUCGCUCCCCCCUUUCGGUUCCUGAGGUGACCUGAGUCUCAAACUUGGCAUUGGCUCUUCACUAAUACUCUACAACACAGAAGGCGAAUCCAACAUGUUCUACAGGGGUGAUGGCCGUGAAAUGGGAGCAAAACGUCAGCGGCUUGACCACCGCAUUGACCACCGAAUUGACCACCGGCUUGACCAGGGAUCUUCAUUCUAUGCAAGUUCCCCUGGUUCAAGUUAUAUGUUCAAUCCAACUCCCUCUGCAUUUGUGGGACAACCUCCGCCUUUUCCUGUUGUCAAACUUCGUGGUCUACCAUUUGAUUGCACGGAAGCGGAUGUUGCUGAGUUCUUCAAUGGUCUUGACAUUGUUGAUAUUCUCUUUGUUCACAAGAAUAGCAAGGUCACAGGGGAAGCUUAUUGUGUUCUGGGAUAUCCCCUUCAGGUUGAUUUUGCCCUUCAAAGGAAUAGGCAGAACAUGGGCAGGAGAUAUGUUGAGGUGUUCAGAAGUAAGAGGCAGGAAUAUUACAAGGCAAUAGCAAAUGAAGUUGCCGAUUCUCGUGGUUCUCCUCCUCGCAGAAAUGCCCCAAGGGCUAAAUCUUAUGAUGAAGGGAAGGACUCAGCAGAACAUACAGGGGUAUUGCGGUUGAGGGGGUUACCAUUUUCAGCUGGCAAGGAUGAUAUAAUAGAUUUUUUCAAGGAUUUUGUGUUGUCAGAGGACUCGAUUCAUUUCACAAUGAAUUCGGAAGGGAGGCCAACUGGGGAAGCAUUUGUGGAGUUUGCAAGUGCAGAAGAUUCCAAAGCUGCCAUGGCUAAGGAUAGGAUGACUCUUGGAAGUCGAUAUAUAGAGCUGUUUCCCUCAUCACAUGAGGAGUUGGAUGAAGCAAUUUCAAAAGGACGAUGAUUCCUUCCUGAAUAUUUGCCUUCAUUCGCUCAGCUGUACUUGUUUUGAUGUUCUUAAAACAUCUGGAACUCUGCUCAUCUAUGUUCUUAAAAAAGUUUUCCCAAUUAUGCUAAUUUGUUUUGCCUAUGUUGCUUCAAGUAAAUACAUUGGUCCUUGGAAUUGACGACAUUUAGUCCAAUUCAUUUCUAGAUUC